AUGUCGGAUUUAUCUCAUGCUGUCAAUCAUGCUUUGUCAAAUGUGACACCAUACCGUUUCUUGACCGGGGCGGGUAUUGGAUUUUCAAGCUUGUUCUUCUUUGCAAAUGUUGGCGCAAAUGUUUUUGGAUUGAUGCCUCUAAUCUCUAAUCCUGCACUUCGAAAAGAGUAUGGAAUUCCAAUCGAAUCAGCCGUUCGUCAAUGGGAUUGGUUCUUUGCUAAAGCUAUGCCCUGGUUCGCAGCUAGUGCUUCUUUGGCUUCAGCUUCGUUCUUGUUGGCUUCUUUCAGAGUUCCAAAAGUGUUGGAUCAGAGAUUAUCAUCAAACGCAAAGCUAGUCCUUCGCAUCGCAACUGCAUUUGCCGUAUUACCUUUGCCAUAUACAAUCACCAUGCUCAAACCUACAAAUGACGCUUUGAUGGCAUUAGCAGCAAAAUCGGGAAGCUUUACCGCUCUUGAAGCAUCGACAGCUGGAGAACUUUUACAGAAAUGGUUUGCCAGACAUUUGAUCCGAACGGGUUUAUACGGUGUCACUUUGGCAUUGGGUGUUCUUUCUUCUUUGAUCGUCUAG